AUUCGCGGUGCCGGUGCCUUGAAUCGGGGUCCACCCAACCGAACCUUAACACUCGGUGGGACCAGACUGCAGGGCAGCGGCGAGGCCCUUGAUUCACUUGCACUCCGCCUUGGGACUGAGGCAGGCAGAUGGAGUUCCAGUUCCCGUCCUUCAAAAGCAAACGACGUCCACUCUUCCACUUUCCACUUUCACUUUCUACCCAAGUCAUCCUCGACAGCAGCAACAACCACAACCGACUUAGCUUGGACUUGUACACUCAAUCCGCUUUCCAAUCCGGGUCUGUUGAUCUCCUCCCUCAGAUCGACUCCCACCCACCUCGGGCUCUACUUGAGCUGCUCCGAGGUCCAUCCGCAUCUCUUGCGACGAUCCACUCGCGUCUCGCUGCUUCUCGGCGGCCAGAUCUUCUUGUGUAUUCUUCCAGCAAUUCUACGCCGUACGCCAUCUCAGCGUCCGACGUAAAUACUAGAUCGACUUCAACUCGACAUCUCUUUCCCAUCUUCGAUACCCGGUACUCAGACACACAACAACCGCCAAAAUGGCCGAAGCAGAGAACUACGAGGACGAUCUCUUCGACGAUCUGUACAACGACGACGACGCUCCUGCUGCCUCGAAGCCAGCCGCUGCACCAGCAUCUGCCCCAGCCCCACCUCAGACUUCGGCUACUGAACAGCCUUCUCAACAACAACAGCAACAACAACAGCAACAGCAAGAGCAGCAGCAACAAGCUGCCGCCGCCCAGCAGUCGGCUGCUGACAACUACGGAACAUCCAACGACUACAGCCAACAAGGCUAUUACAAUGGAGGCGACGGACAAUACGGCAACGAUGAGGAAGAAGACGAAGACGAUGACGAUAUCGAUUUCAACCUCGGAAACGGCCCAUCGACCACUGUCGCUCGCCACGACGACGACAACAACAAUAACAACAGCAGCCAGUCUCAGUCGCAAUACCAUGCCCCCCCACCGCCCCAGGCCCAACACAAGGGCCCUAAUGCUAAGGAAGAUGGGUAAGUCACCUCCCCUUGAUGCUAUUCGUGACACACGUACAUGCUCGUAACACCCCCAACCCCCCCUAUAACCCCUACCUAUAUCCUCGUUUUUUGCCCGAUGCAGCUGCAGCCCCACCCCAGCUCUCCUACAUGACGAGUUGAACAUCCACUCGAAACCCGCCCAGGACGUGGCGUCCUAGAACUUGGUCUGGUUGGGAAAGGAAGGUUUGGGCGGCGCAAGGGCUUGAUGAGCAGAGUAGAGUCUUGGCACCAGACACUCCGAGUCACUCUGGCGCGUAU